UGAACACUACUAUAAAAAGCUGCUGCUGUUGCUUGACCCUUUAACAUUUAAUAUGAAUUAUAAGAAGUCUUCAGCACGACAAUGUCGCAAUGUGACGCCAAUAAGAGCUACUUCAUCUAUCGAUAUCAGAGCAUUUGUACCCAAAGUAAGUCGAAGUGUUCGCCGUGGUCGACAGCGGAGUAAAUGUAACGUGUUUGGAUUCAUUAAAGACAGAGUUGUAAAGACAGGAAGAAGAAAUCUCAGUGGCCGAUCAUCUUCAGGAUCCAGAGGAGGUCAUUGUAAGACCCUGAUGACCGCCAGUGCCUCCAAAGAUUCCAGUCAGGAGACCACAAGUAUAACCAUGCCCUCUGGGGUUUCCAGCUUCUUGUUGGAUUGUUUGGAAACUGAUUCUUCAACUUUAAACACUGACUCCACCCUUUCAUCUAUUGAGGAGUUUCGCAGAGCAGAUAAUAGUGAUGAGGGGAUCACCAUAGUCGGUAACGAUGGAAUAUUGAAUGGUGUUAAAAACUCAACUCUUCUAGAUCUGAGUCAUGCAGAAGAUAUAGCGCUGCAUCAGGCUCCAGACCUCUCCUCCAUUCUCGAACUAUCAUUAGACGCUGUUAAAGAGAAACGGAAACGUUCAUCUUCAUUGUCACCCAUAAGCCUCUCCCCUGUACGAGUGCUUUCUGAAAUCUUGGCUUCUGACAUUACAUCAGAGCCAGCUGAAAAGAAAACACCGGUCAAGAACAAAAGAGAGCCAAGUUUCUCUCCUGUUGUGGAAAAGCAGUGUUUUGCAGAAAAUAAGAAACCAAUAAAAUGCAGAAAAGUGAUGUUCAGUGAUAUUGUGAAAAUAAGGAAUAUAUCAAGCCACAGAUGCAAUACAACAGGCCGUCGACACUAUGGAGUACAAAAUGACAAGCUGGUUAGACGAACCGAAGACGUCUUUAAUGAAGUUCAGACCAUGUCACUGAAAUCCUGUGAUGAUUCCUCAAAGCCAGCUAAAUUCUUUGACUUUGCAGAUGAAUGUGAAAGAAAAGCAUUUUUUCAAAGACUAAAACAAACAUACUCAUUCCAGUUUCCUGCCAAAAUGGUAACUUUUGUCUUUCUUUUUCUGGCAGUGUUAUAAGAAGGAGAAAACGUUAUAAAGAGACACAAACAUUUAUUUGGCAUGUGAUUCUGUUCUUUUUAGAUAAUCCCCAUAGUAUCCCAAGCAUUUUAGGAGACUUCAGUCAAAACAAGGUUUGGAAAUGUUCCUGUUGAAUAUUGUUACCUUAAAAGAAUCAUUGUGUAGUGUACAGAAAAAUACAGUGACCAGCAGAGGGCAAGCUAAGACUUCAAGACAAAAACAAUUAGAUGUUGGAUUUGUGGAAUUAUUUUCUUUCCUUUUUUUGUGUUUUGUUUCUGAAUGUAGUGGCUCACUUAGAGCCUUGUGCUGUGUCAGUUUGACUUCUUCGCGGUUGAAGACUUGAGGGUGAAUGAUUUCUGUAUGGUGAGGCAUUAUAUUGAAAACAUUUGUCAAUGGAAGCAGUGAUGACCAACCCUGUUCCUGGAGAUCUCCUGUGCUGCAGAGUUCAGCUCCAACCCCAAUCAAACACACCUGAACCUGGCAAUCAAGCAUUUCAGGGCUAUCUAAAAAUUUGAGUCAUAUGCUGCGUUGGAACUAAAAUAUGCAGGAGGGUAGAUCUCUAGGAAUAGGGUUGGUCACCCCUGCACUAGAGUAAUAUACAACCAACUUUGGUGUUGACGUUAUUUAAAUGCAUUUAAUUAAUGAUUUUGCAGCUCUCGAGAAUGAUGUGUAGCAAUUCUGGAUAAGAUAAUGGGUAAGGACUAUGUUUAAAAUAUAAUUACCAUUUUAAUCCAUUAAUUUUUGUUUCAAUCACAUGUCUAUUGGACUAAAGUGAUGUUUGGGUUUAUUUAAUUUUUUUGUUUUUGUU